ACUAAAUUUGGGCGGAAUGCAGGUGCCUCAUUUAAAUAGAAAAGGAUAAUUAGUUAGAAAUUCAAGUCGAGCCGUGCAACAAGAAUUUGAUACACGGACAGGUAACCCAAGCGUCGCUCUUUGUCUGUCUCAUUAGCAUAGACACACAUAUAUAUAAAUAUAUAUAUAUAUAUAAGCUCGUACUGGAUGGGAAACGCUAUCACACAGCCUUACUUCUUACUCAGGAUCACAUGAGCAGGAAUCUUCAAAGCGCAGGUUAAAUAUGUCACUUACUUCAAUCCUCUCGGCUGAGGCGAUAGAGAAUGCUGUCAAAGACUGCCAAGCUCCAGAUUCUUUUUGUUACAAAAAGUUCUUCCAACUUUGUGGCUUAAGUCAGAAAAGUCCCCAGGAGGUGAAGGAAGUGUUCCGCAUCUUAGAUGAAGAUAACAGUGGAAGUAUUGAGGAGGCUGAGCUCAAGUUCUUUCUCCAGAGAUUUUCCCCGGGGGCCCGAACUUUGACAGAAAAUGAGAUCAAGAGCCUCAUUAAAGCUGCAGAUAAAGACGCCGAUGGCACCAUUGGAGUAGAUGAGUUCCAGACUAUGGUGUCAUUCUGAAAGCCUUCAGUCAUAUUCAAUCCCAGACGACUCCGGCUAACAGCCACAACACUGUGUCUUUAUCUUUCCCAGCAUUUUACACAAAGUUUCUUAUUGACCUUUUUCCUCAGCACAUUUAUUUGUCUUUUAAAUACAUGUUUCUGUGUUAUUGUUCUGCACUGACCCCAAAAUGACCAAUGACAAAACUGUUCAGGGAAAAUAAAAUAAAGUCAUUAAAA